AUGAUUCAAAGAACACAAGGAAUAUAACUUAAAACUAACUUUCAUGAAAUUACUUUCCUUGCAGGAAGACCAAUCUAUGAGUAUGAGUUGGAGAUUAUGAACUCAACUCCAGAAUUAAUCCAAGAAGCUUUUAGAUAAUAUAGACCAAAAAUUUUAGAAUUGUUAACGAAAUAUAUGAGUAUUGAUAAUAAAAUCUACUCGCCCAAAAUAAUAGAUGGAAUUGAAAAAGCAAGAUCUAAACCUUUGGGAACAUUACAAAAUCAGGAAGAAGCUGAGUAAAUAGUAUCAAUCAAGCUUAUUAAUCGAUUAAGUGAGAAUCACAUAAGCAAGAACUAAAUAAUUGCUAGAUUAAUAAAGCAAGUAAUGAGAAAUCAAUAAGAAAUGGUUUCUAUUGGAAAAAGUGGGAGUAAAUUAUUCUGGUAUUAAAAGAGUAUUAGCUAAGAAUAAAGCAAAUUAGAAGUAUAUUAUUGUAUAUAGUUGUAGAUUUGGCCUGGAGUCGAAUGCAUUUAUUAACCAAGUGCCUUCUAAAAUUUUAAGCCUAAACUAGUAAUCGAUUGUGCAUUUAAAAUUCUAAGAAAUAAAACUGUUUUAGAGGAAUUAAAUUCAGGCCAAAACAAAAUUGGAAUUAAUUUCGAUAAAAUUAUUGGUUAGAUUGUGAUGACAACCUAUAAUAAAAAGUUUUAUGAAAUUUCUGGUGUAGAAUUAACAAUGACUCCAAAAUCGACAUUUCAAAAUUAAAAUGGUGAAGCUAUCACUUUUGAGAGUUAUUUUACUGCAAAGUAUAAUGUAAAAUAAAUCGAAAAAUAACCUUUAUUAAAAGCAAUUGUGAAAGGAAAAAAGGAUGAAAGUCAAAAGGAGAUAUAUUUAAUUCCUUCUCUUUGUUAAAUGACUGGGUUGACUGCUGAAAUGAGAAGUGUAAUUUGAUCUUAUAAUUUUUAGGACUUCCAUUAAAUGAAAAGAAUAUCAGAAAUAACAAAACCAUCAGCUGAAGCUAGGAUGAGAACUGCAUAAGAGUUUAUUGAAUAACUUUAAACCUUAAACAAAUAUAAUAAAAAGGAAGCAUUAAAAGAAUGGGGAUUAGAGAUUUAAAAAGACUGCAUUUAGAUCUAAGCUCAAAAACUUGACCCUGGACAUAUGUUGAUGGGCAAAGAUUUAAAAUUAAAUUUAGGAGAUAACAGAACGAAUUUGGACAGACAAACACAAACUUAAAUGUUUUAAACCCCUCCAUAAAAAUUGAUUCUAGGAAUUCUUUACAACAAUACAAAUUAUGCCAAAUAAUAGCUCAAUUCAUUUUUAUAACAUUUUGGUUAGGCUUGUGUGGAAUUUCAAUUUACUUCCUUUUAUUAGCCAAAAGUCAGAGAGAUGCGAGAAGAAACCGAAUUGGAAUUGGACCGAUAAUUAAGAGAUCUUAAGAUUGAGGCUGAUUAAAAUUAAUCACGAGUUAACUUUUUAAUAUUUUUGCUAUCAGGUUAAAAGAAAAAGGCAAAGUUGUAUAAGGCUUGUAAAAGAAUCUCUAUGGCUAAUUUUGGUUGUGCAUCCUAAGUAAUCUUAGAAAAAACCCUAUAGAGCAAUACAAGAUCAAUUGUAAAUAAGAUUUUAAUUUAAUUAAAUGCAAAGAUUGGAGGAACUCCAUGGGCAUUGGAUGGCAUACCUGAUAUAUUUACAAAUUAACCUACAAUGAUUUGUGGAGUUGAUAUUUUUUCAAAGGCUGGAAGGAAAAGUCAAUUAGCCUUUUGCAGCACCAUUAAUAGAUAUUUUAGUAGGUAUUACUCUUAAGUAAUCACAUCUGGAGAGUUUUGUUCACACUUGUAAUAGUGCUUGAAGGCUGCCUUACUUGCAUUCAGAUAGGAAUUAUCAGUUUUUCCUAAAAAUGUGAUUAUAUAUAGGGAUGGAGUAGGGGACGGCUAAUAAGUAGCUGUAUUAGGAACGGAGUUACCACAAUAUAAGCAAGCUUUAUAAGAGUUAGAAUUAAAAGAUGUGUCACUUACACUUGUAAUAUGUAACAAAAGAGUUUCUGCAAAAUUUUAUACAGGAGGUUAAGGUAGACCAGAAAAUCCACCUCCAGGAACUGUGAUAGAUAAUAAAAUUAUUACGAAUGAAGAUGCCAUAAAGUUUUAUUUAAUAUCUCAAUAAAGUAGAUAAGGAACUGUAACCCCAACUCUUUAUAAAGUUCUUUAUUCAGAUUUGCAGGGUAUUAAUAUUAAUUUUAAUCUAGGUAUUGAGUAAAAUAUUAAAAUUCUGACUUUCAAAUUGUGCUGGCUGUUUUAUAACUUUACCGGAUCAAUCAAAAUACCAGCACCAGUUCGUUAUGCACAUUGUCUCUGUAAUUUUAUUGGAGAUAAUUAUGAUGAUAAGGAUUAAAUUAAAUUCCUUCCACAAUCAGAUUUAAUACAUCAAAAAGUGCUAUUUUAUAUUUGA